GAUCCCCAAACCCAUGAGCUGUUUAAAUAUACAAAAGAGAUGAAUGAAAUGGGUUUUCAACGAUUAUUUUCAUGCUAUGAUCAUGGUGUUUCACGACUUAAUUCUAUUUUACGGCAAGAUGUUUAUAAAACUGAAGUAAGGAUUAUAAAGGGUCGUGGUAAACGUGAUGUUAAAACAUAUAAAUUCGAAGAUCUUAAAGAAUCAAUACCAAUGCCAGAUGAUAGUAACAAAAAAAAAAGAGAUAAAAGUACAAAACCAGAAGAUAAUUUAGAUAUCCAUCCAAAUAAACGCCAAU